AUGCGAGCCCGCAAUGAUCCCUCUACAACCGCACCAGCAACCGCACCAGCUGCAGUCCUUCAACAAAACCCCGGGUGUGCCUUAGUUAGUUCUUCACUUUUCUCUUGCGAGUCCAUCAGUCCCGGCUUUACCUCCCUUCUUCCAUCCGCACAAGCACCUUGUCUGUGUUAUUCGUCGUCUACAUGGAUUCCGACACUCUUCGAUAAAGCAGUACAAACUUGUGCCAUUUUUGCAAGCACUGCGGUACCAGGUGCUUAUCCAGCUUUCGUGAAUCUGGAGGGGUUUUGUGGAAAUAUUGGGAAUAUUAGGACAUCAGGACCUGCCACGAUUUCUGCUAGUACUACUCCAGUCAGUACUACUUCAGCUAGUACCACUUCUGGAUCUUUUAUUCCAGCAAUUCCCACCACUGCAAGUCCGGCGUGCGCUACCGCUAUCUCUCUAAUAGAGCUCUGCGUCGAUCUUAUACCAGGGUUCAUGGCUUUAGGUCCUACACAACAAGUUUCAUGUCUAUGUUAUGCCAGCCUUACAUCCUGGGUUCCGAAGUCCUUCGAUAAUGCUGUUGAGACUUGCUCGCAAUAUGCACAAAGUGCGAGUGCUAUUGCGGGAUUGGUAUCGUCCAUAGAUAUGUUUGAUGGCAUUUGUGAAAGUGUGGGAGAUAUUCUUACAAAAGUAGGGAAGACUUCUGCGACGACCAUAUCAAAUCCGGUGACUUCAUCGGAUACGAACUCGGCUCUCUCGACCACAACAAAUCUUCCCUCGCCAGCCAGUUCACCGAUGACUACGAGUUCGGUUACUUCAACUAUCAUCACUCGUUCUUCGGCUGAGACCACGCGUUCAAUCGUGAAGACAUUCUCGGUAACGACAGUGAGCAGGUCUAUAUCCAGUACAACGUCAAUGACUGGACUUGGUGGAACUGGAGCUGGGUACCAAGGAGCCGAAGGGGAGCUGAGAGAUGUUAGUGAUCCAAUGAUCAUAUUGAUUAGUUUUGUUUGUGCAGCGUUAGUGCUUUUUUUAUGCUAG